AUGUCAGACCCUCUCCAAUUUUUAAACCACUCAGAUCCAGGAAGCCUUGCAGUUACUGGCCAAAGCCAAGGGCCCCAUGAGGCUAAGCCAUCAGAAGUCAAGCAUCUCUCAGCUCAUGUAUCUCAGAGAAAUAGCCCCAUGGCAGGUUUAGACCCACCUAUUGAAGUGGCUCCCAGCAAGAUUCCAGUCAAAUUCAACAAAAAGGCAGCUGGCCCUGUCCAUCCUGACCUACCUGGUUUGCUGGUGAAAAACAAGACUCUUUUAGCUGAGCUAAGAAAUCUUCAAAACAAACUUCUCAUAAAAGAAACUUCAUUGCAAGAGAUGAAAUCUGAGUUAGAAAGUUACAAAGAAAAUAAUGUGCAACAGUUGUUCCAGAUCAUGUCCCUGAAAACUGAUGUCAAGAACCUAGAGGAGCUUAUUGCUUCUCUAACCAGAAUUAAGUAUUUGAAAAAUACCAAUAUUCAGAAUCUUGAAAGGGGCAACUGGGAUUUAACGGGGCGAAUUAUAGAACUAGAAAAUCGUCUAAGGGUACAUCUGAUGGAAAGGAAAAAGGCAGAGCAUAAAGCAGACCUUUUAGAAAAAAAGUUAAUAAGGGCCAACACAAGCACACCUUAUAUGAAUAUGAAAAGACAAGAAGGUCCUCUGGAUAUUUUCAUGAUGAAGGAUAAGGAUGACACUAUCCUGACCAAGAACUUUGAGAGAGACAGUUUUCACUUCGAGGGACCAAAGGAUGAACAGAAAAUUUGGGACAAAUGUCUGCAGGAUUUAACCCAUAAGGAAAAACAAAUGUCUGAGUUAGACAGACCUCCAUAUUCAUUCAGCUGGGAAACUAAAACUACGCAAUACCAGUAUCAGAAUUUCCUUGAUCAGUUGGCUACUCUUUUGAGCAAUAGCGUUGUUCCAGUACCAGCCACUGCAGAAGCUGUGAAACAGAGGAUUGAGGAAAUUGGUGCAAACGAACUAUCUUGGAAGUUUAGAACUGAAGGCCUUCAGCAGGAAAUUCAGAUGCUCAAUAAACAACUGGAACGGCUGCAUCAUCUUUAUGAGGAAGCUAUUCGAGAAGCACCCCAAGCUGAAGAAAAGUAUAGGGAAGAAAAAAAAGCCUUAAAACGUAUGGAAGGAAAAAUUGCUAUCAAUGACUUUUUUCAAGGAAAAGUAUACUUGGACAGGAAGAAGCUCUGA